AUGUCGACCUCGUCACUGCGGCGCCAGAUGAAGAACAUCGUCCACAACUACUCAGAGGCAGAGAUCAAGGUCCGCGAGGCCACGAGCAACGACCCCUGGGGCCCGUCCAGCUCCCUCAUGUCCGAGAUUGCUGACCUCACCUACAACGUCGUUGCCUUCUCAGAGAUCAUGAGCAUGAUCUGGAAACGGCUCAACGACCAUGGCAAAAACUGGAGGCACGUCUACAAGGCCAUGACGCUGAUGGAGUACCUGAUCAAGACGGGCUCGGAGCGCGUGUCGCAGCAGUGUAAGGAGAACAUGUACGCCGUGCAGACGCUCAAGGACUUCCAGUAUGUGGACCGCGAUGGCAAGGACCAGGGCGUGAACGUGCGCGAGAAGGCCAAGCAGCUGGUGGCUCUGCUUCGUGAUGAGGACCGGCUGCGGGAAGAACGUGCUCACGCCCUGAAGACCAAGGAAAAGUUGGCACAGACGGCCACUGCCUCCUCGGCGGCGGUGGGUACAGGGCCCCCAGCUGAGGCGGAGCAGGCCUGGCCACAGAGCAGCGGGGAAGAGGAACUUCAGCUGCAGCUGGCCUUGGCCAUGAGCAAGGAGGAGGCCGACCAGCCCCCGUCCUGCGGUCCCGAGGAUGACGUCCAGCUCCAGCUGGCCCUUAGUUUGAGCCGGGAGGAGCACGACAAGGAAGAGCGGAUUCGUCGGGGGGACGAUCUGAGGCUGCAAAUGGCCAUUGAAGAGAGCAAACGGGAGACCGGGGGCCAGGAGGAGUCCUCCCUCAUGGAUCUGGCUGAUGUCUUCACAGCCCCAGCUCCUCCACCCACCUCAGAUCCCUGGGGGGGUCCAGCCCCCUUGGCCACUGCUGCCCCCACCACUGCCCCUGCCUCGGACCCUUGGGGGGGGCCCCCAGUCCCUCCUGCUGUUGACCCCUGGGGGGGCCCUGCCCCGACGCCAGCCUCUGGGGAUCCCUGGCGGCCCGCGGCACCAGCUGGACCCACGGUUGACCCCUGGGGUGGGACCUCCAAGCCUGCUGCUGGUGAGGGGCCUGCUGGGUCUGACCCCUGGGGGAGCACUGAUGGUGGGGCCCCAGGUGGUGGCCCCCCCACCUCGGAUCCCUGGGCACCAGCCCCUGCCUUCUCAGACCCCUGGGGAGGGUCCCCUGCCAAGCCCAGCACCAAUGGCACCACAGUCGGGGGAUUUGACCCGGAGCCUGAUGAGUUCUCUGACUUUGACCGACUUCGGACGGCCCUGCCGACCUCUGGGAGCAGCACAGGGGAGCUGGAGCUGCUUGCAGGAGAGGUGCCCGCCCGUAGCCCUGGGGCCUUUGACAUGAGUGGGGUCGGGGGCUCCUUGGCCGAGGCUGUGGGGAGCCCCCAAUCUACAGUCACCCCGACCCCCACGCCCCCCACACGGAAGACGCCCGAGUCAUUCCUGGGGCCCAAUGCGGCUCUCGUGGACCUGGACUCGCUGGUGAGCCGGCCCGGCCCCACACCUCCCGGAGCCAAGGCCUCCAACCCCUUCCUGCCAAGUGGUGCCCCAGCCUCUGGCCCCUCGGUCACUAACCCAUUCCAGCCUGCGCCCCCUGCAACGCUCACUCUGAACCAGCUGCGUCUCAGCCCCGCACCCCAGGUCCCUGGCGCGCCCCCAACAUACAUCUCUCCCCUCGGCGGGGGGCCUGGCCUACCCCCCAUGAUGCCCCCGGGCCCCCCGGCCCCCAACACUAAUCCCUUUCUCCUAUAA